AUGGAGCAAAAGAAGGAUAGCACUCCCCCGCGGGAAUCCUAUACCGUCUGGCACGAAGAGGUCGAUGAUAUCAGAGACAUUCCCAUGAGCUCUAAGAAGUACGUCUACAAAAGCCUUGACGAUCCCGCAGAUUGCCUGCGUCUGCUGCUGCUUCUCCCAGCAACAGACAAGCAAGCCCCUCUCCAAGCAGGCUUACUCCACGUCCGUCGAAGCAAUGCCCCUGCCUUCAACCCAGUUUCAUAUACCUGGGGAAAUCAAGACCCAACGUCCGAAAUGUGGCUGAUAGGCCUGGGUGAUGCCUCUGACGGCGCAGGUUUCCAGCACUUUGCCAUCCGCCCUAAUCUGGAAACCAUGCUCAGGCGGUUCCGUGACGAAGAGAACAUUCUGCUCAUAUGGGUGGAUGCGAUCUGCAUCAACCAAGAAGAUAACCACGAGAAGGCUUACCAGGUACGCCACAUGGACCAAGUAUACCGGGGGAGAAAACUUCGCAUUUGGUUGGGAGAUAAGUCAGAAAACAGCGACGAGGCCUUGGACUUCAUCGAGGAAUGGAGGGACAUAGAAGCCGAGCAAGCCACCGUGUUCUUCAAGGAGAGUGCAAACCGAUCGAGUGCCUGGAAAGCUUUGUGGGAUCUCAUCUGCCGGCCUUGGUUCUCUCGUCGCUGGAUUGUUCAAGAGUUCGUCUUGUCAGCGCAUAAGCACAUAUAUCUCGGCGACAGGGACUUCUGCAGUGACCAUUUAAUGCCGCUGAUUGCACAAAUGGAUCGUUUCGGUCGCCAUCUCGAGGGCGGGCUCACAAAGGAAAACAGGCUGGACCAUGGCGACCUUACAUUGAGUGGCAGGAAACCGCUAGUUACUGGAGUAACUCCAGAUCGGCUAGAAUCUCUCAAACACCUCAAUAGUAUCACCAAGGCAGUAGAACAGGGCGACAUCUUGACACUGGAAAUGCUGGUAGACGGUUUCGUCAGCUUCGAGUCCUACGACCCUAGGGAUGGCAUCUAUGCCUUUUUGUCAAUGGCGAGUGACGCGCAGGACUGGAUCCCAGACUACUCUGAAAAGGCGACGGCCGGUGAGGUUUAUGCUCGAGCAACUUGGCAAAUCAUGCGGACUGCGAACAGCGCGGACAUUAUCUGCCGCGCAAUGCCGACCUUGAGCCAGCGCAAAAUGGACUUGACGAGCUGGGUACCUUGGUACGGGACGCUAGAAUCCACCGACGACACCAGUCCUGGCCUCGCUUUUGGCUACAACACCAAGUCCCUGACGACUUUUGGACAGCCUUUGUCUGCGGGAAACCAUGGGCCCUGGCUGGGCUUCAGCUGCGAUGGCUGCGACGAAAAACUCCGCGGUGCGCAAUACAGAUGUGUCGACUGUGGUAAUUACGAUUACUGCUCGUCCUGUAUGAAGACUGUUGGCUCCAGCCAUACUCCCGGCCAUCAGUUUCGCAAGUUCCCCAGCGCUGUAUACCGGGCAUCCGGAGGUUCUACAAUUGGUGUCGCGAGCGAGUUCACUACUCUCGGCGGCCUGAUGGUGUUGAACGGAUUCAUCGCCGACACCGUGAAAGCAUUCGGGCCCGACUUGCACAUCAGCCGCAGGCACAAUAGUGUUGAGAUCCUAGUCCGCGGCGGGGGUGCAGUUUGGAAUGAAGUUCCCGGCCUGGAAAACGCGGACACCGAGGGGCUGCCGGAUGCGUUCUUCCGCACACUCACCGGCAUGAGGCGGAUCAUUCGUAAGGGUUCCGCGUGGUUCACGGACAUUGACCCCCCGUCCAACGAUUGGAUUGAGACCGCGAGAAAGAUUCUCCCGAUGGGAAGCAAUGCCGAAGAAACCAGACUUGACUUGACGUGCGAGACAGACGAGGACGUAUUGGUCUCUGCGGAGUUUAUGCUCUCGGGUGAGCGCAGAUUUGCGGUCACUGAGGAGUCAAUGGGAUUUCUGCCUCGUAUAGCUAGGGAGGGCGAUGCCAUCUGUAUUCUGAUUGGGUGUUCGGUCCCGGUAGUGCUGAGAAAGGUCGUUAGUCAUGAGGAGGACAACAAGUCGAUGUGGGUGGUCAUUGGCGAGUGUUAUGUGGACGGACUCAUGGAAGGCGGUUGGUACGCGCAUAAAGUCCUUAAAGGGGGUCUCGAACAGAGGCCGUUCUAUAUCAAAUAA